AUGAUGGAUGAUAAUAGAAAGAUAGGCCUUGGGUGUUGUGGCCUUGGGAUGAUUUUGAUAGUUUUGGGAGUCUUAUUCUUUUUUGAUAAGGCAUUGUUAACUAUUGGAAACCUUACAUUUGUCGCAGGACUAACACUAGUUUUGGGGUUAAGUAAAGUAACCAGAUUCUUCUUAAAACCUGAUAAACUUAAAGGAACAUUGUUUUAUUUCGGAGGAUUGUUUGUAAUUAUAGUGAGAAGUACAAUUAUUGGAUUCAUUUUACAAAUGUUUGGUUUGUUUUACCUUUUUAACAGUUUCUUGCCAAAUAUUGUUUCCUAUAUAAAGCUUUCUCCAUUAAGUUUUAUCUUAGAGCUUCCAGGAAUUAAGCAGCUUUCUGAAUGGAUUUAUGAUCAAAGGAGACUUCCAUUAUAA